AAAAAUCCUAUCAUCAUGGCUGCCGCGGAGUUAGAGAAAGCACUUGCUUUUAAAGUAUCAAAUAAGACUGGAGCAAUUGACAUUUUGUCGGGAAUAGUAAAGAGAGACAGUGGAGACAAGGGCGAAGAAUGGGUGAAGGUGAAGGAACAGGCUGUUCUGGAGCUUGGUGCUCUCUUUGCAGGAACAAAACAGGCCACAGAGCUGGCUGGCCUGAUUAAGUUCACACGGCCAUUCCUCGGUAUGGUGAGCAAAGCUAAGGCAGCCAAGUUGGUGCGAGCACUGGUUGACCUGUUCUUGGACAUGGAGGCAGGAACCGGUAAAGAGGUUGAGCUCUGUCAGGAAUGCAUUGACUGGGCUAAAGAUGAAAAGAGAACAUUCCUGAGACAAGCCUUAGAGGCUCGUCUCAUUGCUCUCUACUUUGACACAAAGAGUUAUCAGGGUGCACUGACACUAGCGUCAAGCCUACUGAAGGAGCUGAAGAAGCUGGAUGACAAGGCUCUGCUGGUGGAGGUGCAGCUCCUGGAGAGCAAGAUCUACCACGCACUCUCCAACCUGCCCAAAGCCAGAGCUGCACUGACAUCAGGAAGAACAACAGCCAAUGGCAUCUACUGCCCACCCAAACUACAGGCUGCCCUUGACCAACAAUCUGGUAUUCUUCAUGCUGCUGAUGAGAGAGACUUCAAGACAGCCUACUCCUAUUUCUAUGAAGGAUUCGAAGGCUAUGAUUCAGUGGACAGCCCCAAAGCUAUCACAGCACUUAAAUACAUGUUACUGUGCAAGAUCAUGCUGAAUCUCGCUGAUGAGGUACACGCCAUUGUAAGUGGCAAGCUAGCUCUCAAGUACACAGGCCAAGAAGUGGAUGCCAUGAAGAGUAUAGCCCAGGCUAGUCAUAAGCGCUCUUUGGCAGACUUCCAGAAGACUCUGGCUACAUAUAAGGUCCAGUUGGAAGAUGACCCCAUCGUGAAUGCUCAUCUGAAGACGCUUUAUGACAACUUAUUGGAACAGAAUCUGUGUAGAAUCAUAGAGCCUUUCUCUCGGGUUCAAGUCCAGCACAUAGCUAAUCUUAUCAAGUUACCCGUGGCAGUAGUAGAAAAGAAAUUAUCCCAGAUGAUUUUAGACAGGAAGUUCCAUGGUAUUCUGGACCAGGGAGCUGGAGUGCUGAUUGUGUUUGAUGAAACCCCGGUCGACAAGACAUACGAAAGCUCUCUUGAAACAAUCCAGAGCAUGGGGAAGGUUGUUGAUGCUCUGUACAACAAAGCAAAGAAACUUACCUAAGCUCAUCUUCACAAAGACUUGAUCAAGUUGACGAGUAUUCCCUCUCCAGAAUGGCCAACAGCGCUAUUCAUCCUUUCAAAAGUGACAAUUUUGUUUGAAUAUUUUGCAAUAUUUCGUUGCCCAAAAUAUCAAAACACUGUCAAUUUAAACACUAUUGUUUCAGUUAUUAUUUUGAAAGGAUUUCUGGCAUCCGUGAUGAGUAAUAUUUGUUCUGAUGUACAAUGGAAAAAGACAAGUACACAUCGCAAAAGAAACACUUGAGUAUUUAUAUGUGCAUUCAUUCAUAUUGAACUUGUUAUCAUCCGAAUAAAUGACAUGUUUUGUAAA